UGAAAUUUCUACCAAAAUGAAAUGAAUUUAGCAGCGUUUUCUGCAGUUUCCGGUCAAUGGCCUGGGCGUGCAACCCUCUCAGGACGGCAGUUACGGCUGUUUUCGAACCGUCGCAACUGCAGAGUGCCAUCUCAUGAUUCUCAUCUCAGUCAUCUGGCAGACUUUCUCUUUUGCAUUUUGCAACUGCAGUUCCGCAUUGUGCGUCUUCCUUUAUUCCAGUACAAGUUGCUCAUCCUAAACACUAAAUCUAAGUUUUGUAAUUAUCCAGUAAAGGCUGUCCGCUGUGGCAACAUGUCGCAGCCCAGCAGUUCUGCAGAGGGGUCUCCUCAUCGUCAUGGUUGUUUGGCCGAGGAAUUCCUGCGCGGACUGCACGAACUGCAGUCAACAGGCACCCUGUGUGAUGUCCUGCUGCAGGGCAGCGACGCAACGGUGGCUUCCCUGGGCAUUCCCUGUCAUCGCAACGUCCUUACCGCCCACUGCGGAUAUUUUCGCUCGCUCUUCACGCACGAUUGGAAGGAGUCCGCGCAGCGAGAACUGCAGCUGCAGAAUAUGGACACGCGCACGUUGAACGAGGUGGUGCAGUUCAUGUAUACGCUGGAUCUGCGCCUCAGCGAGUCCAACGUGGAGCGCAUCUUGGCUGCCGCGCAGUUUCUGCAGAUGGGUCGCGUGGCUGCCAUGUGCUGGGAGUACUUGCAACGGCGCCUGAACCUGUCCACCUGCCUGCAAGUCCACGCUCUGGCUUCCGACCUCCAUAAUCCCCGCCUGGCCGACGCCGCCCUGGCCAUCAUCCAUCCGCAAUUCCUGCGACUGGCGCAGAGACAGGAAUUUCUGCGAAUGGAGGCACAUCAGUAUAACCUCCGGAAACCAAAGCGAAUCCAAGCCAGAGAAAAGAAGAAAAUUGGAGAAACUGGCAGAGCUGUUGGCGUCGGAUGACGUGGAAGUGUCCAGUGAAGAUGAAGUGUGGGAGGCGGUGCGGCGAUGGCUGGAUUACGACCGUGCUGAGCGACUGGCGCAGCUGCCCGCGGUGCUGCAGAGUGUCCGUGCUGUCUUCCUGAGCGAGCAGUGUCGACGGCAGUACAACGGGGCCUGGG